GCUUCCGCCUUGGCCGCCCGGCGGGCGCUCGGCCACGUUUCCCGGGCCUCCGUCUCUCGGCUGCCUGUUCUGGAGGUCGGGCGUCGGGCCCUGCAGAGGUCGCCGAGGGGCCGCGCGGCCGCCCAAGCCUGGGCCCAGCAUCCCGUCCUCAGAGACGCGGUCGACCUUGCUGCUCCGAAGAGCUGGCCUGAUGUCCUCGGGGCGCUCCACAGGUUCUUGCUUUUCCAAACCUAGAGGGCAGUGCAUGAAGCCAGGGGUCAUCAGCCAUGCUCCAGACACUGUGGUUCCAGGGCUUGAGCCGGAACAUGUCGUUUCAGGAGCCAGUGACCUUUGAGGAUGUGGUUGUGUACUUCACUCAGAAUGAAUGGACCAGCCUGCAGCCUUCUCAGAGGGCCCUGUACAGGGAGGUGAUGCUGGAGAAUUACGCAACUGUAACUUCCUUGUCAGCAUUUCCAUUCUCCAAACCUGAUCUGAUAUUCAGGCUGGAACAAGGAGAAGCAGCCUGGGGCUCAGACCCCUGGACACUUGCUGGGGAAGAAGCCCCGAGAGGCCUGUGCACAGGUGGUAAAACCAAGACUAAGACUGAGGAACAAACUGCACAGCUAAACAUUUCUGAAGAAUCAGAGUCCCACAGACUGAUAGUGGAGGGACUGCUGAUGGACAUUCCCCAGCACCCUGACUUCAAGGACAGGUUAGGGAAGUCACAGCUACAUGAUACAGGGAAGAAAACAAACAUAGGAGAUUGCACAGAGUUGACAGUCCAGGAUCAUAAAUCUUCCACCAUUGAAAGGGAAGAGAGAGCCAGGAAAUUGGAAGAAAGUAGUGUCAGCACACAUCUCAUUACAAAGCAGGACUUUGCUAAAGAACGGGUGUUUUAUAAAUGUGGUGAGUGUGGCAGUUACUACAACCCACAUUCAGACUUUCACCAGCAUCAGAGAAUUCACACUAAUGAAAAGCCCUACAAAUGCAAAGAAUGUGGGAAAACCUUCAGAUAUAACUCAAAACUGUCACGGCAUCAGAAAAUCCACACUGGAGAGAAACCAUAUUCAUGUGAGGAAUGUGGACAAGCCUUCAGUCAAAAUUCCCACCUUCUUCAGCAUCAGAAACUCCAUGGUGGACAGAGGCCCUAUGAAUGUGCUGACUGUGGAAAAACCUUCAGCUACAAUUCAAAACUGAUUCGGCAUCAGAGAAUCCAUACUGGGGAGAAGCCCUUUAAAUGUAAGGAAUGUGGGAAGGCCUUCAGGUGUAGCUAUGACUGCUUCAUCCAUGAACGAAUUCACACUGAGGAGAAGCCCUAUGAAUGUAAGGAGUGUGGGAAGAGUUUGAGCUCUAAUACAGUGCUGAUUCAGCAUCAGAGAAUCCACACUGGGGAGAAACCUUAUGAAUGUAAAGAGUGUGGCAAGGCCUUCCGCUGCAGUUCGGUGUUUCUUCAGCACCAGAGGUUCCACACUGGGGAACAACUCUACAAAUGUAACGAAUGUUGGAAAACUUUCAGUUGUGGCUCCCGCUUCAUAGUGCAUCAGAGAGUCCACACUGGGGAGAAGCCCUAUGAGUGCCAGGAAUGUGGGAAGACAUUCAGUCAGAAGAUCACUCUGGUUCAGCAUCAGCGAGUUCACACUGGAGAGAAACCUUUUGAGUGUAAGGAGUGCGGGAAAGCCUUCAAAUGGAAUGCGAGUUUCAUUCAGCAUCAGAAGUGGCAUACUAGGAAGAAAGUCAUCGCUGGAACAGGGCCAUCUGCAGUUAAGCCCUACUGCCCCUCUGCCAUCCUCUCUCCUCUGCCUCUCCAACAUGCCUGCCCUACCCCGGCCCCACCAGAGCCUCCCUUAUCUUCUUCGCAUGCAGUGAUACUUCCUCCCUCUGUGCCUUUCUUCCUGCUGCUUCCCUCAUCUGAAAAGGCCAGCCCUUCACCUGUCCAAAUAGUACAUUUCUUUCAGGAUCUCGCUUUUCCUGGGAAGUCAUCCCUGUGAGCCCCCUCAUGUUCUCAACAUCCAUUGCGCCUCACAUUAAGGAUUCCACUGGGCUCCUGGUUGUGUCAUACUGAUAUUCUCCUGGUCUUGUCUUGUGUAAGUUGUUAUUGUUUUCCUAACUUCAUUUUAAGUGCUCACACUUGAGGACCAUAUUUGAUUAGUUUCUUUUAUCCCCCGAGUAGGAAAGGGCAGUACUUCCUCUUUUUCAUGUCCACACUUGGGCUGUAUCAUCACUCUUCAUCUGUCUUCUGGGGCUACUGGAGUUGGAAGAGUUGGCAGAACAUUUUGGGGUUUAGGGCACAUGGCAUUGUGAUUAUGAUGAGAUGGGGCAUUAUAGUUAGACACUAGGAGAAAUGUAAGGCCUGUGGGAGAAGAUAAUCACUUAAAGUGUCCAAUAUUGCUUUCAGGAUUUUUUUUUUUUA